AUGCGCCGUAAUACGCCGUGUGUCUUUCCGGCCCAGCAUGAGAAGCGGGAUGAUCGCCAAAGUAAUGACGAGUAUGUCAGGUCUUUGAAAGACCGCCUCGUAAGGGUUGAGUCGUUGUUGAGGACGGCAGGCAUCUUGCAGGAGAGCGAUUUGAGCCAAGACGACUUUUCCGACGGAGAUGAUGACGGACCAGCUAGUCAAGGCUUCUCAUCUACUUCUAGUCCAAAAUCAAAUUUCGGGUCGUCUGUUUGCUCAAAGGGUGGCUUCAUUGAGGGUACACCCAUAUUCCCGGCGGACCAAAGAGAUGAUUCUCGAUAUUACGGUGGGGACAUCGUCCUCAUUGUCAAUUCUAUCGCGGACAGGUCGGAGGUAUUCUCUCUUAUGAAAGAUUUCUUCCGGACGGUCAACCGUCUGUUUCCUAUCUAUCAUGAGCCAUCAUUCAUGAAAAUGGUUGAAUGGCAAUAUACACAGCAAACCUGUGAUGACGCUGCGCGUUGGGCCAACAUCAACAUGGUAAUCUGCCUGGCAUACGAAUACCGAUCCUCGAAUAGCUCCAUGUCGGAAAAGGACAAGGAGAAAUCCGAGUUAUACUUUAAAAACGCCAUGUCGGUCUUCACGGAAUUAGCCUUAAAACGCACCGAUCUACUGAGUAUACAGGCUUUGAUUAGCAUGGCGUUCUUCCUUCGGGGGAAUUCCGGAACUCAAUCAGCUCUACCACUCAUCACUGCGGCUAUGCGGUCCAGUCACCGAAUGGGGCUUCAUCGAGAUAUUGCAAGACCGGAACUUAGUCCGGCCGAGCAAGAGGAGAGACGGCGCGUUUUUUGGGUUGCAUUUGUCAUUGAUCAAAGUACAUGCCUAAGAAUUGGAAACACCCCAUCACAACAUCAUGAUGAUUUCGAUGUCCCUCUUCCUCAAGAACUGGACGGCGAUAAGCAUGGUGAAACCGCAAGCAAAAUUCCAUUCUUCCGCGAGCUCUGUCAGAUGUCGCUCAUCAAGAGCCACAUUUACAGCCGACUAUACUCCGUUACGGCAUUAGAAAAACCUCCUGCUGAAAUUUACAAGACUGUUAAAGAACUACAUGAAGAGCUUGAAGAAUGGAAACGGGGAUCCCCAACGCUCAAUGAACCGCAAAUGAAACCUACUGAACGCGACUUUCUGUUUGGCUUUGCCGCCAUUGGUCUCCAUUUCGUCUAUCACAAUGCUUUGAUGAUGAUUCACCGAAUACCUAUCUUUCUUAACUACAUGGUAACAGCCAGAAAGGAAUCAGAGAAGGUUCAGUCAAUCAGCAAAGCACAUGCCUCAAGAUCAGCAGCCAUCGCUGCACAGGCUGCCAGAGAUACCUUGAAGGUUGUCAAUAACAUGCCAUGGGGAGACAUCGCAUGGACCUGGUCAUUAUUAUACUACGUCUUCCUAGCAGCAUCAACAUUAUUCUCACAUAUUCUGCGGGAUACUCGCCAUUCGAGAGUGCGAGCAGACCUUCAAUCCAUCGGCAUGGUUUCAUCGUUCUUUGCAACUCUCGCCCCAGGUGAGGGGUCAAAUAAUUACGCCGGUUUCAUGGCCCGGAUGAGCGCAUCCCUCGAACGCAUCGCCAAAGCAGUCAUUGAGAAAGACGAGAAAAGAGCCCGCGCCCCAGACGAAGAAGACCAAGAAUAUAAACCACCACCAGCCAAGAGGCACACCUCUCGAACACAACCAGCACCACAACACCAAAGGCAACACCGCCGACCCACAACUCUCCGCACAACAAUGACCCCCGCCACAGCACCCGGGUAUCCAACAUCAAGCACCGCCGAGCUCAACAGGAUGGACAUCAGUAUCCCCGACACCCUAGAAGGCCUUCCGCCAGUCAAUUCCUCCGGCUACGUCGUCCCCGUGAGCCCAUUGCCAGGCCCAGGGGAUAGCCGCCAAAUUCCAACCCCAUAUCUCACCAAUCCAUACUCACCUUCCACCACAUUCCUCCACGAAGCAGGCGACAACCCCUUCCAGCCACCACAAAUCCCAUCUUGGCAAUUAUCUCAUGACUUUUCCACGACUGCAGCUCAAGCCCAAGCCCAAGCCCCAGGGUCAUCAGGCAUGACCCCCAACCCCAUCAACUCCAUCAACUCCCCAGACUCCUUCACCAGCGCCGCCAACUCAAUCCCCGAUUUCUUCCAGUACCCAAUGUCGGGUGACUGGAGCCACGGCAGAAAUCUAUUCGGCGGACUCUUCCCAACAGAGUACACCUUUCCGCCCCCGAUUCCAACGGGCACUCAGUCUGCUGAUGCAUACCCUUCCGUGCCGAUCCUAUCGGCUGAGUCGUUUAUCCAUGGUGCGCCACCUAUUGACAGCCAGACGGCUCAGGCUGGUGGGUUCGAUCCUCAGAGUCUGGGGUAUGGUUAUGUGCCGCAGGGUCAGGAGGAUCCGAAUCAGGCCGCUGAUCCGGUCUGGCCUAAUGGGUUUUUAGGGUUGUUUUAG